GAUGUAGUAGAAGUCUUGCCAGUUGUUCCUCAGGCUCAGCUGUCAUUGCCCCUCAUACCCCUCGAGGUGGUCUGUAGUCUUUGCCAACAUGGGUCUUAUCACAGGACUGUUCUCUUUCUUGUACCACUUACCUCAGAUUUACAAAUGGCUGCUAAAACCGUAUUAUAUCGCCUCGGUUAUUAUGACUGUCGCCUUUCUGCUGGUCCGAAAGUCUCCAGGUCUGUGCGAGCAGCUGGCGACCCAGCGCGAGGACGGCAACUCCUGCGACUUUGACUGGAGAGAGCUGGAGAUUCUUAUGUUUCUGGGUGCAAUAGUGAUUAUGAAGAACAGAAGAGCAAUCACAAUGGAGCAGCACGUGGGCAACUUGUUCAUGUUCAGUAAAGUGGCCAACGUCAUCCUCUUCUUCAGACUGGAUAUCCGGCUCGGCAUCUUUUACCUCACAUUGUGUGUUGCUUUCGUCAUGACCUGUAAGCCUCCGCUCUACAUGGGUCCCGAGUACAUCAAGUACUUCAGUGACAAGACCAUCGUUGAGGAGCUACGGAAAGACAGCCGUGUCACCUGGAUUGUUGAAUUCUACGCAAACUGGUCCUCUGACUGCCAGUCUUUCGCUCCUGUCUUUGCAGACCUUUCACUCAAGUACAACUGUCCUGGACUCAGAUUUGGGAAGGUGGACAUCGGUAGCUACGGAGAGGUUGCAGAGAGGUACAGAGUUAGUACUUCUCCUCUGGCCAGGCAGCUGCCCUCACUGAUGCUUUUUCAAGAAGGGCAGGAACUUAUGAGACGUCCAAUGGUGGACAACAAAGCAAGAGCUGUGUCUUGGACCUUCAGUGAGGAGAACAUCAUCCGAGAGUUUAACCUGAAUGAGCUCUUCCAAAAAUCCAAGAAGAUGAACAAAAGUAAAGCUUUGAAGGAAGAGCAGCAGAACGACGUUCAGCCAGAGGAGGGCAGCGACGAGCUCGAGCCUGAAACCGAAAUCACGGAGCAGCCCACAGAAAGCAAGAAAGACCAGUAAAGAGAAAAGAAGAAGAUUGCAUGAAGUCUCUCCUUUUCUUGCCACGCCUUACAUUUUGCAGAAGUCCAGAGUAUUAUGGAACGUAGAGAGGAAAAUAGGUUGGACCCCUGCUAGAUGUCAUCUCUUUACAUGGGAAAAUAAUGACCCAGUAAACUGCACCAUGUUCCCCUGGUCCAUCUGGGUAUUAGGCAGGGUGGUUGCCGCAAUGAUUUGGGGACAUUCUAUUACAUUUAUAACUUAAAUUAUUUGAGAACAUGUGCCUUUUUUGUAAUGAAUGCCUUUUGAUACUUUCAGCAACAUCUCAUCCCUGCGUGUGACAUUUAGCUGUCUGUAUUUUGUAAUGUGUGUGUUUACUGAUGUCUCAUGUUUAAUACCAAAGUAAGAGUUGAAACGGAAAAAAUAAAUACACAAAUCCAGUUAUCAA